GUUAUUAAGUUCACUCUAGCAGUCAGCAGUUCUUCAGCGCAGACGCUAGUACCUGUGUGGUUCGUUGUUAGGGGAUCGGAUAUACCAUUCAAUCAAUAUCAGGUUGAUCUUAAAAUGGAAGAAUACGCAAGAGAACCAUGCCCCUGGCGUAUCGUAGAUGACUGUGGUGGUGCAUUUACAAUGGGAGCAAUUGGAGGCGCAGUAUUUCAAAGCAUAAAGGGAUUCAGGAACGCGCCGAGUGGAUUAAACAAGCGCUUUGUGGGGAGUUUGAUGGCCAUAAAACAGAGGUCGCCGAUAAUUGCUGGAAACUUUGCAAUUUGGGGUGGCAUGUUCUCAACAAUCGAUUGUACAUUAGUCCACUUCAGACAUAAGGAAGAUCCUUGGAAUUCUAUAAUCAGUGGAGCAGCUACCGGUGGAAUACUUGCAGCUCGAAAUGGAUUACCAGCGAUGGCAGGAAGCGCAAUAAUAGGCGGUGUACUCUUAGCACUCAUAGAAGGUGUCGGUAUUCUAUUCACCAGACUUUCUGCCGAACAAUUCAAACCCCCUGCUCUUGUAGUGGAUGAUCCGUCACAACUUGGCCCUCCCCCUACACUUGGAGAGCAACACCCAAAUUAUUGAUUCUAGCUUAGAAGUUGACUCUCCAUAGGAUAUUUCAAUUAGUUCUUUACAUUUUAAUAUUGGUUUACCUCCGAUUUCGCAUGGGAAUAAAUGUCCCACUUCAUCGUGACAUUUUUUGUUAUUUUGGACAAAGACAAAGAAAAUUGUACAGAAUACAUUAUAGGAAAACAUUCGCACCUUAGUGAUUAAUGGAAUAAAAUAAUAAUAUGUUAUGUUA